UCAGAAAACCUCUUCUCCUUCUCCUUCUACCUUCUACCUUCUUUCCCUCUGGUUUUGCCUUCUCCUCCUUCCUUCCUUCUUCUCCUUCCUCUGCUCCUUCCCGUUGCUCUGUCCCCGCGCUUCUCGCCCUUUUCCUCUCCUCCCUUCCCUCGCCCCUCGCAGAACCCGAGACCUCCCGGUCCCCUCCGCCCCGUUUUCAUGUUUUCCCACGAGACGCCGCGGCUCUUGAUGCUGCGAGACUCAUGACGUCUCCCGUUCUCAGCGAGAUCCUGCUUCUGCAUUUUAUGGUCAACUCCGCCCUCCGCCGCAGGACACACCUCGUUCAAUCCUUCUCCGUCGUCUUCCUCUACUGGUUCUACGUUUUCUCAUGAACGCCCUCCUCCGCUCCUCUUCCUAAUCCUAGCGUCCCGUAGAACUCCCCCUUGUAGUCUUUCCUGCGUGCUUUUUCCUAGGUUCUGGGCUGUAGCUUUGUUGUUUCUUUUCGUUUUCUGGUCGCCGGUGUUGUGCUAUUUGUACCGUGGUCAUGGCUUCUUCCAGUACGGGAGCAUCUUCGGGUUCGUCCUCCUUGGCACUCCAGAACUCGGCCUCCGGCUCCGAGGGGUGUGCGCAGGAGCAGAACCAGAUCAUGGACCAGCGGAAGCGGAAGCGGAUGAUCUCGAACCGCGAGUCCGCCCGCCGCUCGCGGAUGAGGAAGCAGAAGCACCUGGGCGACCUGAUGGCCCAGGUGGAGCAGCUCAGGGGCCAGAACGCCCAGAUCGCGCACGGCCUCAACGUGACGACCGAGCUCUACCUGAACAUCGAAGCCGAAAACUCCAUCCUCAGCGCCCAGGCGGCGGAGCUGAGCAACAGAUUGCAGUCGCUCAACGAGAUCAUCAGUUAUAUGAGUUCCGCGAGCCUGCUCUUCGAGAGCGACGAGCAAGUGCCGGUGCUCGGCGGGGACGAUGGAUUCAUGAACUCGUGGAACGCCUCGGCGGCGUGGAUGAACCCGCCCGCCAUGGCUCCGGCCGAUAUCUUGAUGUACUGAUGGAAAAUGGGCGUGGUUGACCGAAGAUCAAGAGAUAUUUUAGCUGCUGGAUGGCUCCUUUUCUUUGACGUUUUUCCCUCUUUUUCUCUUCUGAUGUUCAAAACAAAUUUGGCUCCUGGGAAUUUUUUAGGCCUGUAAGAUGGACGGUCAUUAAGUUAAUCAUGUGUCAUUAGAUCAUGUGUCGUCAGAUGCAAGUGGGUCCCCGCUGUAAUUCCCUGUUGAUUAAAUGAAAAUUUGUUUUAUUAUUCUAA